AGAGCCCAGUCAAAAAGAGCGAAACAAGAGUCUCCCUGGGAACAAAAUCAGCCUUGAAAACACAAAUACUACUCACCCAAUAGAGAUCUAUUUAUCAGAUCUUGCUUCGAUCUCUCUCCCUUCUCUCGGUUUCUGCAUUGCAAUGGCAUCUUAGAGAGUUUCACAGAGAUGGGGAUGACUAGCAAAUGGAUCAGAAGCUUCUUGACCAGCGGGAAGAAAGACAAACAGAAAGAAAAGGGGAAGAACAGUAACAGUCAGCCCACCUCCAUUCCAACUGAGAAUCCAACAACACCCAUUAUAAUUCCACCGGCUAAUUUCAAGGAGAAACGAAGAUGGAGUUUCAGGAGAUCGUCAGCCACAGGUACAACCACCAAGGAUUUGAAUUCCAUGGACACGGUUUCCACCAGUGCAUCUCCUGUGCAAACCGAUGCACUGAUGGAAGCUGACAAUAAGCAGAAGAAGCAUGCCAUGGCUGUGGCAGCAGCACAGGCUGAUGCAACCGUGAUCCACCUAACCAAAGCCACUGCCCUGCCCAGAUCCAUUGAGGUUGAAGAGGCCGCUGUCAUCAAGAUUCAAGCGGCCUUCCGUUGUCACCUGGCAAAGAGAGCAUUAUGCGCAUUGAAAGGAUUAGUUAAGUUGCAGGCGCUGGUGAGGGGUCAACUGGUGAGGAAACAGGCCACUGCUAUCCUCCAGUGCAUGCAGGCAUUGGUUACUGUUCAAGAAAGAGCUCAGGCCCAGCGAUUCCGAGUGGCCGGGGAAGCACAACCCAUUAACCAGAGGCAAUCAAUUCACAGAAAGUCUUCACAAGACAUCCGGCUUACACAAGCAUGUGGGGAGAUAGAUACAGACCUGGAAGAGAAUAUUAAGAUGGUAGAGAUAGAUCUUGGACAGCCAAGGGAAAGUUCAAACAGCAGGAAAAGCUACUCAAACCACCCACAAGCACGAGUAGAUCCAAGAUUCUCUGCAUAUUAUCCAAGUAAUAGUGCGAACUCUAAGGAGGAUCAUCUCCAUAUUUCAUCUGCUCCAUCAGCAUUGACUGAGAUGAGCUCAAGAGCCUGCAGUGGCCAUUUUGAGGAGUAUUCCUUCACUACUGCCCAGGGUAGUCCACAGUACUACUCAGCCAUGUCCAAGCUGGACCCAACAAGAACUCCUAUUGUUGCUUUUCCCCGAAAUGAGUAUGCAGACUCCACAUCCAUUGAUUACCCAUUCUAUCCACAUUACAUGGGCAACACACAAUCAUCCAGGGCCAAAGUGCGUUCACACAGCACACCGAAGCAACGAUCUGAAUCAUUUGAGAGACAAACUAGCAGUCGGAGGUCAACAGUGGAAGGAAGUAAUAUUCCUCGAGGAGUGCGAAUGCAGUGUUCAUCUUCACAUGUGGGAUCCUACCAAUAUCCAUUGUCAAUCAAGCUUGAUAGAUCCAGUGUGUCACUCCAGGAUAGUGAGUGUGGUUCGACCAGUACAGUGCUGACAAAUACCAGUUACUGCAGAUCUCUCGCUGCAUUUGAGGUCGGUCUCUUAUGUUCUAAUCCGUAUAUAAACAACUUGACUAUGAUUAAGAAGGUGGCCACUUACCUUCCUGAAAUGCAAUUUUAAGAUACAAUAUGGGUUGCAGUUAACUGCUGCAUUGCCUUUCAGCUAUUGGCUGCUUUCAGCAAACUCUAAUUUUCAGUUAUUUCCUGUCUUUUCUGAGUGCAGCACCAAGGGAGCAUGUUCUGACAGUUUUUCUUCUAUUUCACUCCAAAGUAUGAUUCUGUUAUUUCUCUGCUUUCGUGACUCCAGCCUGAAGGAAAUAGAUACCGACGGCUCAUCUCUCACCACCUCAAUGACAAGAAUCUGCGACCCAUGAAAGUAGAGAAACAGUGUAGACACAGACGGUGAUGCAAACUUCACCAAUAGACUUCAGAUUACGAAGUAUUUGAAGCAGAAUCUGCUCAAAAUACUGAUUCUAUUCAAUUCAUGGUUUCAAGUGUCUCUACAGGAGAAUCUUGACUUCAAGAACCCCUUAUAAAGUCCUGAUUGUGCUAUAGGUGUUUGGACAAUUUUUUGGUUGCUCAGCUUUACAGAUUUUCAGGGUAGAGAAGGUUAAGGCAGCUGACAACCGAACACAUUAAGCAUGUAUGGGUGGUACUUGUUAAAGAUACAAAUCUAAAAUGAUUUGUAUCUUGCCAAAAUAAACAUACUGAAGAAUAUGACUUUUGGAGAAUUAUACCUCCACAGUGAUGUUAUACCAGAGAUUAGGUCUGUACCUAUAGCAAUGAAAGGACCUCUCUAUGUAUUGGACUGCAGACCCUUGACACCA